AAACUGCUGCUUGAAUAUUUUAUUAUGCUGACGCUUCCUGUUGAUCUUUAUGUUGUCAUCACUUCCUGUUGUUGUCUCUUCACGCUGUCGUCUAUUCACGCUGUCAUAUCUUCACGCUGUCGUCUAUUCAUGUCGUCUAUUCACGCUGUCGUCUAUUCACGCUGUCGUCUAUUCACGCUGUCACGUCUAUUCACGCUGUCAUAUAUUCACGCUGUCAUAUCUUCACGCUGUCAUAUCUUCACGCUGUCGUCUAUUCAUGUCGUCUAUUCACGCUGUCAUGUCUUCACACUGUCGUCUAUUCACGCUGUCGUCUCUUCACGCUGUCAUAUCUUCACGCUGCCGUCUAUUCACGCUGUCAUCUAUUCAUGUCAUCAAUUCACGCUGUUGUCUCUUCACACUGUCAUCUCUUUAUGCUAUCAUAUCUUCACGCUGUCGUCUCCAUGUUGUUGUGUCUUUCUGUUGUCAUCUCUUCCUGUCAUCUCUUCAUGUUUUCGGGCUUUUCUGUCACUAACGUUGUUUCUCUCUUUAACGCUGCCAAAGUCCAAAAAGGAAAUAAAAAACACAAAAAGGUCAAAAAAGGUCUGAAGAAACUAAAACGACACGACAACAAAGCAGAGAAACCUCCAGAGGAGAAGAAGGAUACGUUUGUGGAGAAACUGGCCACUCAGGUGAUCAAAAAUCUGCAGGUAAAGAUCAGCAGCAUCCACCUGCGCUACGAGGAUGACCUGUCAGACCCACAGCGCCCCCUGUCAAUGGGAUUAACACUGUCAGAGCUGAGCCUACAGACCACUGAUGAAAACUGGAAGUCGUGUAUCCUGAAUGAAUCAGCAAAGAUCAUCUACAAGCUCGGGAAUCUGGAGUGUCUCUGUGCUUACUGGAACGUCAACAGUCCGAUCUUCUACAAAGGAUCAUGGGAAGACAUUGUAGAUCAGUUAAAGUCUGGGAUCAGCAGUAAGAAUCAGGAACCCCAUUAUCAGUACAUUUUUAAGCCGAUCUUCGCCUCGGCUAAAAUGUGCAUCAACCCGAACGCUGAGCUGGAAUUGAAAGCUCCAAAGGUAAACCUUCACCUGGAGGUUCAGAACAUCGCUAUAGAGAUGACUAAACCACAGUAUCUGACCAUGGUGGAGCUGUUGGAGUCUGUUGACUGCAUGGUGAGGAACGCCCCCUACAGGAAGUUCAGGCCUGAUGUCUCUGUCCACAGCAGUGUCAAACUCUGGUGGAGGUAUGCUUUCAACAGCAUCCUCGAGGUCCACAUCAGACGCUUCAGUAAAAUGUGGUCCUGGUCCAACAUCAGAAAGCACAGGGAGAACCUAAAGGCCUACAAGACGGCCUAUAGGACCAAACUACUGAGCCAGAACAAGCCGAACCAGGACACAGAGCGACACAUCCAGGAUCUGGAGAAAGUUUUGGACGUCUUCAACAUCACAUUGGCCCGGCAGCAGGCCCAAAUGGAGGUGAUCCGGUCGGGGCAGAAGGUCAUCGGGAAGAAGGCUGCGGGGGGACCGAAGCAGGGAGGAGGAGGUGGUUUCUUCAGCAGCUUCUUUGGUAAAAAGGCCAAGAAGGAGGAGCACGGCCUACAGGAUAGCAAAGACACAGAGGGUUCUGGUUCUGGUCUGGACGAUCUCAUGACGGCUGAGGAAAAGGAGAAACUCUACACUGCCAUCGGUUACAGUGGCAGCUCUCACAACUUGACAUUACCCAAACAGUACGUCGCUGUGGUCGUCACCUUCCAGCUGUUCAGGACCUCGGUGACAGUUCGAGAGCUGCCGGAAAUUCCAGAGAUCCUCAAAGUCCAGAUGAUCGAUCUCAGCACCAAAAUAUCUCAGAGACCUGGAGCUCAGGCUUUCAGGGUGGAGGCAGCAUUGCAGCACUGGUUUGUUACGGGUCUACAGCAGCAGGGCGCGGUACCUUCCCUCAUCGCCUCAGUGGGAGACUCUUCUUCUUCUCUGCUCAGUGUUGUGUUCGAACUGAACCCUGAGGGCAACGCCGCUGACCAGCUGCUCACGGUCCGUUCUCAGCCCAUCGAGAUAAUCUAUGACGCGCUCACCGUGAAUAGUCUGAUGGAUUUCUUUAAGUCUGGGAAAGGUGUUGAUCUGGAAGUCCUGACCUCGGCCACGCUCUCCAAACUGGAGGAGAUCAAAGACAAAACUGCUGCAGGUUUGUCUCAUAUCAUUGAGACCAGGAAGGUCCUGAACCUGAGGAUCGACUUGAAGCCGUCCUACCUGCUGGUACCAAAGUCCGGUUUCUAUAGCAGUAUGUCAGAUCUCAUUAUUGUGGACUUUGGCAGCUUACAGUUUAACAGUGUCGAGCAGUCCCAUCUCAGUUCGUCUUCGUCCUCCUUCUCCUCUCUGGAGGAAAUCAUGGAUCGAGCCUAUGAGAGGUACAACGUGGAGCUACGAAGAGUCCAGGUGCUCUACAGCAAGUCAGGUGAGGCAUGGAAGUCUGCUCGGCUGCAAGGUUCGUCCGUUCAACACAUCCUCCAACCGAUGGACUUCACGGUCCAGCUGGCCAAGUGUAUGGUGGAGAAGGAUGCCAGGAUGCCCAGAUUCAAGGUGUUGGGGGAGCUCCCGCUGCUGCACGUUAAAAUCUCGGACCAGAAGAUCCAGAACGUUCUGGAGCUCGUUGACAGCAUCCCACUGCCCAACAUGGGCUCCUCCCCAUCCACCCCCACAGAGAAGGUUCUGUCGUUGGUGGAGGCCAGACCUCAAGCACUCAGUCUUCACCCUGUACUCCUCGACACCAUGGAAACAGAUUCAGAUGAAGACACCAGUGAGAAGUCGAUUGAUGAGGAGCACCAGCGUUCAGCUCUCGAGGAACUUACCGACCUUCACUUCAAGUUUGAAGUCAAAGAGGUGCUGUUGGAGCUGACCCGGCAGGUGGACCAGGAGAAGACCAUUUUGUCCUUCAGUGUCUGUCAGCUGGGAGCUGAAGGGAAGAAGCGGAGCUUCGACCUGAACGUCACCUCAUACCUGCGCAGAGUCACACUUGACUACUGCGACAUACCCGAUGGCAGAAGUCGUCCUCUCCACCUGAUCAGUUCCUCAGAGCAGCAGAGCUCCAACCUGCUGAAGGUGGAGUUCAUCAAGGCGGACCCCAGCGGCCCAAGCUUCCAGACUCUGUUCAACAACACAGAGCAAACACUGAAGGUGGAGUUUUCCUCUCUGGACUUUCUCCUUCACACUAAAGCUCUGUUGUCAACCAUCAACUACCUGAGCAGCAUUGUGCCACCAGAACUCGCCGCUGCCCGUGACCGAGACAUCAAAAAACAGGCGGACAAGACCAGACAAAGCCGGACAGUGUUUAAAGAAGCCAAAGAUGGUGGCGUGUUCAGCUUUAAGCUGUUCGCCAUGUUGGGUUGUUUCCACAUGGAGGUGUGUGACGACUGCCACAGCAUUGCUGACAUCAGAGUCCAAGGAAUCGAUGCGUCUGUGUUGGUGCAGGCGAAGGAGACGGAGAUGUUCGCUCGACUUCGAGACAUUGUGGUCACAGAUGUCAACCCCCAAACUGUCCACAGAAAGGCGGUGUCCAUCGUGGGUGAGGAGGUGUUCAGCUUCAAACUGUCCUUGUUUCCAGGGGCGACGGAGGGCAAGGGUUAUGGCGACAUGUCGAAGGUGGACGGGAAGGUCACAAUGCGUCUGGGCUGCAUCCAGAUCGUCUACCUGCACAAGUUCUUCAUGUCACUGCUGAUGUUCGUUGAUAACUUCCAGACGGCUAAAGAAGCUCUGAGCGCUGCGACGGCUCAGGCAGCAGAGAAGGCGGCAUCCAGUGUUCGUGGCUUGGCCCAGAAGAGUUUCCGUCUGUCCAUGGACAUCAAACUGAAGGCUCCACUCAUCAUCGUCCCUCAGUCCUCCACUUCCCAUAAUGCCGUAGUGGUGGAUCUUGGUCUGAUCACGGUGGGAAACAGCUUCUCUUUGCUGCCAGCUGAAGGUUUCUCUCUGCCGGCGGUAGUGGAGAAGAUGGAAGUGAAGCUGACACAGCUGAAACUCUCCAGAACCACGAUGAAGCAAGACUCUAUUCAGCCAGACAUCGAGAUCCUCCAACCAAUCAACUUAGAGCUGCUUGUCACCAGGAACCUGGCUGCUUCCUGGUUCACCAAGAUCCCCGGAGUCCAGGUCCAGGGAGUCCUUCAGUCCCUUAAUAUGAGUCUGGGUGAGGAAGACUUUGGCGUGCUGAUGAAGAUCCUGGUGGAGAAUAUCGGGGAGGGGAGUAAAGAGCACACCAUGGACAUCAAAAGACAGGUCGCUCAAGAGAAGGCAGAACUUGCUGAGCAGCAGGUGGAGGUGGCGUCAUUACAGACAGGGUCUGCCACCAAUGGAGGUCUAACCGAAAACACGAUAAAUGUUCUCCUGAACUUUGAAAUAAAAGAGGUUUUGCUGACCCUGAAGAAGCCCAGAGAGCAGAAGGAAUCCCCUUUCCUGGUCUUUCAUGUCGCUCACCUGGGCAUCGACACCAAAGUCAGGAAAUAUGACAUGUGUGCCACGACGUACAUCAACAAGAUCACUAUGAAGUGCCUGGAGUUCAACGACUCAAAUGGUGAGCCGCUGUGUCUCAUUAGCUCUUCGGUCACGUCUGGAGCUGAGCUACUCAAAGUCCAGUAUUUCAAGGCUGACCGCUCUGGCCCAAACUUCUCCACUGUCUACAAGAACACAGAGCAGAUGAUUAAUGUGACCUUCACUUCUCUCGACCUCAUGCUUCACACUGAGGCUCUGUUGUCAGCCAUCAACUUCCUGUCGGCGGCUUUGUCCUCUAGCAGUGUUUCAUCUGAGAGAGAGAUCAGACCGAAGAUGGAGGACAAGACAGUGUCCGCCAAGUCAGCAGGCCUGAUGUCAUCUGCAGACAGUGAGGUCAUCGACCUGAAGGUGAUGAUGACGCUAGGAGCCUUUAAUGUCCUGGUUUGUGAUCACAGCUGCAACAUGGCUGACAUUAAGAUCCAAGGUAUUAAUGGCUCUUUGCUGAUGCAAGGACCACAAACCCAUAUAUCAGCCCGCCUGAGAGAUUUCAUCGUCCUCAAUGUUGAUCCCAAAAGCAUCCACAGGAAGGCCAUCUCCAUCGUGAGUGAUGAGGUGUUCAGCUUCAGUAUGAGUCUUACUCCUAACGCCACAGAGGGGGCAGGGUAUUCCGACACGUCCAAAACUGAUGGCAGAGUGAAGCUGAAUGUUGGCUGCAUCCAGGUGGUUUACCUGCACAAGUUCAUCAUGUCCCUGCUGAACUUCACCAACAACUUCCAAGCGGCUAAAGAAGCUCUGAGCGCUGCGACGGCUCAGGCAGCAGAGAAGGCGGCGUCCAGUGUUCGAGACUUUGCCCAGAAGAGUUUCCGUCUGUCUAUGGACAUCAAACUAAAGGCUCCACUAAUCAUCAUCCCUCAGUCCUCCACCUCCUACGAUGCACUUGUGAUGGACCUGGGUCUAAUCACAGUGGAAAACAACUUCUCUCUGCUGCCUGUCGAUGGAUGUCCUCUGCCGGUCGUCAUUGACAACAUGGAUGUACAGCUGACACAGCUGAAACUCUCCAGGACCUAUAUGGACCCGACAUCGGGUCGACCCAGCACUGAGCUGCUGGAACCAGUAAACCUGCAUUUGAACAUAAAGAGGAACCUGGCAGCUUCCUGGUACAAGAAGAUGGUCGCUGUGGAGAUCAAUGGAGACCUGAAGCCCAUGAUGGUGGAACUGAGUCAGGACGACUUGAAGGUGCUGCUCAGGAUCCUGAUGGAGAAUCUGGAAGAGGCUGGCAGUCUGGAGGCCAAUGCCCCAAGACAGGGGGCCAGUGUGCAGCUCAAAGCUGGAAGCCCCCACACAGAUGAUGUUUUGAAGCCCGCCCCAGUCAGCAGUGGUGAAGAGGAGGAAGAAUCCAUGGAGACAAUGAAGUUUAACUUCAACAUUGAGUCUCUCGGUCUGGUUCUGUACCGCAAUGAUCCAACAAGGUCAUCAGACCUCCAGCGCCAGCAGGACCUCAGACUGGGCGAGUUCAGGCUCCAUUUGCUAAAGACUUCAGGAAGGAUCUUGAACAGCGGCAGCAUUGAGUUGACCACAAUCCUGACUGCCUGCACACUGGACGACCUGAGGAUGGGCAUGGAGAGGGUGACAUCACGGAUGGUCGGUCGGAGAGACGAGGAGAGCUCUGAGGCGAUGAUCGAUGUGACGUAUCGACAGAGCUCUGGAGAACGGGAUGUGGUGGCUGUUCUGCAGAAACUCUAUCUGUGUGCCAGCGUGGAGUUCCUGAUGGCCGUUGCAGAUUUCUUCCUGCAGGCGCUGCCGCAGAGUCCGACUCCUCCCACCAGCUCUGCAACGAGUGACAGACUGGUGCUGAGACAGACCACCGAACCUCGAGCCGAUGCCAAGACCACCUCCAUGGUGAGGACUCGUCUUCGGGCGGUGGUGGUGGACCCGGAGGUGGUUUUUGUGGCCAACCUGAUGAAGGCUGAUGCCCCUGCCCUUGUGGCCUCCUUCCAGUGUGACUUCACCCUGCAGACCGAAGAGGACGGGAUGCAGAACAUGAGAGCCAAUCUGAGGGAGCUGAGAGUGCUCGCCUGCCCCUUCAUCCAAAACAAGGAUGCCAAGGCUGUCACCACCGUGUUGAGGCCCUGCUCGGUUGCCUUGGAAACUAAAAUGCAGCCCAACCAACCACUGAGUGGCACUGUGACCGUGGAGGAAGUCAUUGUGAAGAUCUCACCAUUCAUCCUUAACACAGUGAUGACAAUAACAGCCGCCAUGACAGCAAAGCAACGUGAUGAGCAGAACGAGGAGUCAAAGUCAGAAGUCAGUGACCUCUGGUCAGUCAUGAACAUCUAUGGCUGUAACUACUGGUUCCUGGGAGUGGACCAGGCCACCGAGGUCACAGAGAGCUUCAGAGAGCAGGAUGGACACAACCAGGGCGAGAGCUUUGCUGUAGAGGUCAAGGUAGUCCAGGUGACUCUGGAGUCUGGUUUGGGUCAUCGGACAGUCCCUCUGCUGCUAGCUGAGUCCGCUUUCAGCGGAUCAGCCAAAAACUGGUCUUCUCUGCUGCAGCUGAGAGCCGACAUGACCCUGGAGGUGAACUACUUUAAUGAGAUCCAUGCGGUGUGGGAGCCUCUGAUUGAGCGAGUUGAAAGUGGCAAACGCAGAUGGAACCUGGAACUCGAGAUGAAGAACAACCCGGUCCAAGACAAGAGUCCGGUUCAUGGAGAUGACUUUGUCAUCCUUCCUGAACCUCGCACGGCCAUCAAUAUCUGCUCCAAAGACACCAUGAACAUCACUGUCUCCCAGUGCAGCCUCAACGUCUUACACAACCUCGCCAAGGCAUUCUCCGAGGGCACCGCUUCCACUUUUGACUACUCUCUGAAGGAGAAGGCCCCCUUCACCAUCAGAAACUCUCUUGGGAUUCCUCUCAUCAUUCAGCACAGUGCCAACCUAAGGCUAGUGGGUUCACCUGCUCAAGGAAAGCUACAUGAGCUGCCUGUGGAUGAGAGCAUGGACCUGGAGCACUCUAUGUUUGAACCAUCGUCACGAGGCAAACUGUCGGCUCUGCAGCGGCAAGAGAGCUGCCUGUUCAACCUCACCAUCGUUCCCUCUGGAUACAGCGAGAUCUCCAACAUCGCUGUGGACAAACCGGGUCGCCGUCUCUACAACAUCCGUGGUCCAAUGCUGCAGGAGGCAGUUUCCGUGCUACUGCAGAUUGACGCUGCUGAAGGAAACAAGGUCAUCACUGUCCGCUCACCGCUGCAGAUAAAGAAUCACUUCUCUGUGCCGUUCACCAUCAUGAAGUACUGUCAAACAUCCAGGAGCCUGCAGAGCAUCGGACAGGCCGAACCUGAGCGAGAGUUUCACGUUGCCUUAGAAACAUACAGGUGCCAGCUAUAUGUGCGUCCAGCGGGAUGUUUGGAUGGUCAGUAUGACCCAUCCUCCACCUGCGUAGCGUGGAAGGAGCAGGUGCACCGCAGCUCAGAGGUGCGUUCGGUGCUGCAGUGUCCAGCGACUGAAAGUGGCCUGCUGCCACUGAUGGUCCGAACUGUCGCUGUUCCUGAUGACCUGCGACACAUUGCCAACCAUGGAGAGGAAGACUGGGACCCUGCCUACAUCAUCCACCUCCACCCUGUGGCCACGCUACGCAACCUGCUGCCCUACAGCAUCCGCUACAUGAUGGAGAACUCAGCAGACUUUUACGAGCUUCAGGAAGGCAGCACGUCGGAUCUCCUGAAUGCUCGUGUCUCAGGUGAGAUCAUGUCAUUGGUGCUGAUGAGGUAUCAGGGUCGCAACUGGCAUGGACACGUUCGCAUCAAACAGGAAAUGCCUGAGUUCUUGGUCGUGUAUCUCACCUGUGAUUCUGACCAAAACAUGACGGUGGACUUGAGCAUUCACGUGACAAGGACGACAAGCCGCCUCCUACUGUCACUCUUCAGCCCAUACUGGAUCAUCAACAAGACUUCCCGAGUGCUGCAGUACCGAGCUGAGGACCUCAGUGUCAAACACCCGGCAGACUACCGGGACAUCAUCCUUUUCUCCUUCAGGAAGAAGAACCUGUUCAGCAAGAACAAGCUCCAGCUCUGCGUCUCCACCAGCUCCUGGUCUGAUGGUUUCUCUCUGGACACUGUGGGAAGUUAUGGAUGUGUUCGCUGUCCUGCCAACAGCAUGGACUUCCUGGUCGGCGUCAGUAUCCAGAUGAGCAGUUUUAACCUGACCCGGAUAGUUACUAUGAGUCCGUUCUACACUCUGGUCAACAAGUCCUCAUAUGAACUGGAGGUGGGCGAAGUCACCAGCCAGACCUCCAUCAGGUGGCACUACAUCUCCACCACCGAAUGCCUUCCUCUGUGGCCAGAGAACAGCUCAGGGAAGUUGUGUGUCCGUGUGGUUGGAUCUGAAUCCACUUCCAAGUUCUUCUUCUUUAACCAGCAGGACAAUGGCACCCUCCUGAGCCUCGACAUGUGUGGUGGCAUCAUCGUGGACGUCAACAUCUCCAAUCUCUCAACUGUCAUCAGCUUCACUGAUUAUUAUGAAGGGGCAGCUCCGGCCUUGCUGCUCAACCACACGCCCUGGGUCACUAUCAGCUACAAGCAGAGUGGCUCGGCAGUGGUUCAUCAGCUGAAGCCUGGCGAGGCUCGGCGGUUUGCGUGGGACGACCCAGCUAGCGUCAGAAAGCUCAGCUGGAGCUGCAUGGAACAUUCUGGAGAGCUGGACCUGCUAAAGGACGAGGUGGGUCAGUUCUCCUACGACAGCCUGUCUCAGGUGCACUGGGUUUCCUUCCUGGAUGGACGACAGCGGGUGCUGCUGUUCACGGAGGAUGUCGGCGUGGUGACGAAGGCUCGGCAGGCUGAGGAGCUCGAACAGUUCCAACAGGAAGUGAAAGUGUCACUACAAAACCUUGGACUGUCGCUGAUCAACAACACGAGCCGGCAGGAGAUCGCUUACAUCGGCAUCACCAGCUCAGGUGUGGUUUGGGAGAUGAAGCCAAAGAACCGUUGGAAACCGCUCAAUCAGAAGAACAUCAACCUGCUGGAGAAAACCUACCAGAGUCAGCUCAGCGGGAAGACUGAGUCGGGCUGGAUCAAACUAGAGACCAAUCUGGAGGUGAACCUCAGUGGAGCUAUCAUGAUGAUGCGUCAGCCAUUUUCCUGCCCGGUGAGGAGGAACUUCCUGUCUGGGAUCCAGGUCGAGUUCAAACAGUCGCCGCACCAGCGCAGCUUGAGGGCCCAGCUGCACUGGCUGCAGGUGGAUAACCAGUUGCCAGGUGCCAUCUUCCCCAUCGUCUUCCAUCCUGUUCCUCCUCCGAAAUCCAUCGCUCUAGACUCAGAACCAAAGCCAUUUAUCGACGUGUCUAUUAUCACCAGGUUCAACCAGCACAGCAACGUCAUGCAAUUCAAGUACUUCAUGGCUCUGGUUCAGGAGAUGGCAGUGAAGAUUGAUCAGGGUUUCUUGGGAGCCAUGCUUGCUGUGUUUACCUCUGCUGCUGAUCCCCAGACCGACAGACAGAAGUCUCGUCUCCUUGAUAAAGAUCUGCAGCUGCUUCAGUCCGACCUGACGGAAGCAUCACUCAGCGACACAUCAGGACUCAGCUUCUUCGAACACUUCCACAUCUCACCCAUCAAGCUUCAUCUCAGUCUGUCUGUGGGCUCCAGCGGUGAGGACUCUGAUCAAGAAAUGGCAGCUGUUCAGGACUUCAACCUGCUGCUGAAAAGUAUUGGAGCCACACUGACUGAUGUGGACGACAUCAUCUUCAAACUGGCCUUCUUUGAGGUGAAGUACCAGUUUUACAGCAGAGAGAAGCUGAUGUGGGCAGUGGUCCGACACUACACUGAACAGUUCCUGAAGCAGAUGUAUGUUCUGGUUCUGGGUCUGGAUGUCCUGGGAAACCCAUUUGGACUGAUCCGAGGUCUGUCUGAGGGAGUGGAGGCCUUCUUCUAUGAACCUUUCCAGGGGGCAGUUCAGGGUCCGGAGGAGUUUGCUGAAGGUUUUGUGAUUGGAGUCCGGAGCUUGCUGGGUCACACUGUCGGUGGUGCCGCAGGUAUGGUGUCUAAGAUCACAGGUUCGGUGGGUAAAGGUCUGGCUGCCAUCACGAUGGAUAAAGAGUACCAACAGAAACGACGUGAGGAGAUGAACCGACCACCCAAAGACUUCGGAGAGAGUCUGGCUAAAGGAGGCAAGGGACUGCUCAAGGGAGUCGUGGGCGGAGUUACUGGCAUUGUCACCAAACCUGUGGAGGGGGCGAAGAAGGAGGGAGCGGCUGGGUUCUUUAAGGGCAUCGGUAAAGGUUUGGUGGGUGUGGUCGCUCGGCCGACAGGCGGCAUUGUGGACAUGGCCAGCAGCACCUUCCAGGGGAUUCAGAGAGCGGCAGAGUCCACAGAGGAAGUGACCAAACUGCGUCCAGUGCGUCUGAUCAGGGAGGACGGAAUCAUUCGACCGUAUGACCUGACAGAGUCGCAGGGUUUUGACCUGUUCCAGCGUUCAGAGAUCAAACAGCUGGAUGGUGAAGUGUUCAGGGAUCAUUGUUCAUUUCCUGGACACCGAAAGACCAACAUCAUCGUCACCAACAGGAGGGUUCUGUGUGUGAAGGAGAUCGACUUUGUCGGUCAUUUCAACAAAGAGUGGGAGUGUUUGUUUGAGAACUUCUGCCGCCCUCCAGCUGCGACAGGAUCUGAGCUGAAGAUCUACUGCAAGGAGCAGCAGAAGUUGAAGUUACCAAAAAGAGAUGUUCAGGAGUCGGUGAGGAACAUUCAGCUCAGAGACCAACACACUGCUCAGAAGCUGCAAAGGGCCAUAUCGGAUGCUCAGGCAGCGCAGAAGCAGCACUGCAUGGCGAGACAGAAGUCACAGCGCUUCCUCAAACUGAACAACAAUCAAUGAGGUCACUUCCUGAGGUCACUGCUGACCUGUCACCUGCAUCAUUAUUGACUUUUAUUUUGACGUCCCUGCUGUUAUGAUCUUCCUAUCUGCUCGAGUGGGCCCAUCCAAAGAGCUGGCUCAGCUCUCAUUUUGAAUGUACAUGUAGUCAUGAUGCUGUGAGGCAUGCUGGGUAAAAACCCUGAGUCAUGUGAUCAUUGUAGGUGGGUUUGUUUGCUGAUUCUAAUCAUUAAGUCACAUCUAUCUAAUUAUCUCUGAUUAUCCAAUCAAACUUUGUUUUGUAAUGAGGCUCAUGGGUUUUCCUGUCCCUGCUGUUUGACUGCAGGCUGCACUGUCACUGAUGAUAAAUGAACGCAUGAAGAUCUAAAAUGAAGAAAGAUGCUUAUUAAAAUGUGUGUUUACAAACUGAAGAAUUAAAAGGUCUUUUUAUUUUUAUUAUCUUUGUGAGCUUAAUAAAUUUCUAUGAAGCAUCAA